AUGGGUGAUAGGCACUACAAUCACUACGAUUCUGGUGGAUACAAAUCUUAUGAUCAUCGUCCAUCAGAUUUUUCUCAAUCUUCAUCUCGCUACAUUCAUGAAGAACCUCAUCCGCCUCGUGGCCCAAGCUAUGAUCGAGGUCGUGGGCGUGGCUUCUCAUUCAAAUUUCGUGGCCGUUCAAAUUUUCGAGGAUCGCCUUCUUCACGUGGUGGCUUAUUUCAACCGGAACGGAGCAGGUCAUUUCCUGGGCCCAGUCAUAUUAAUAACGAUGGUGCUAUGGACCUGGAUUCACUUCAUGAAUCUUCAUCACAUACUAAUCGUACUAGGAGCCCAGCAGGAUCUGGCUCCAAUACACCCAUUCACCGCCAGAGCUCAGACUCGGGUGAAAAUGCUGUCAUUACCGUUCUUGAUAACUUCGUGCAGCAUGUAACAGCGGCGGCGGCAACAAAUACCCAAAAUGAUGCUGCCUCGAAGCAAUUGCUACGAAAAAAAUCGACGGCUGAUUGGACGCUGAAAUAUCAGCAGGAUUUUCCCGCUGUCGCCCUGCAAAGGCGAAAAGCAACUACUUCGGCCAAGGAAGAUUUAAAAGAGGUUAACCAAAAGCUCAAGCACCAUCAACAGUUGCGCGACCAGCUCGCUGCUGAUCUGGCCCGCUGUCUGAGGACAAACGGAAAUCUGCCAAGUGAAUCUGAAGUUCAUUCGCUACAGUCGUUGAGUAAAGAAGUACACGAUGUCAAGUGUGUUGUUGGUCAAGUCAAAAAUCUCCCCAAAAAGUUGAAUGACAACACGCAAGACAUUGAAGAGAUGAAAAAAGCCAUUCAAGCGUUGACUGAGAAGAACGCUGAGCUUGAAAAGCAAUGUGAAACUGCGGUGAACGAUAGCCGCAAGGCUAACGCUCAGCUGAUCGCAAUGGGAAUUGGGAAUCAGCAGAAGGCGAAAGAGUUGGAAGACCUCAAGAAUCACUGGCUUUCUUCUCAGACCGCUAAGACCGAUUCUGUAUCCGUUGAUCAGUUUCCUGCGAAUAGUAAUGUUGCCGAUAAGUUUGAUGAGCUCACUUCAUGGAAGGAGGAUGUCGAAAAUCGGCUAGAAUCUCUAGGGAAUCUAGCGGAUCUCAAAAAGGAAUUUGACAGGACGAAGGUGAAAGCGGACAACGUUCUUGACGCCGUGUAUGGUAACGAGACUGAGGUUGAGGGCAUCAUCGAUCGCUUGGAAAACCUCACUGACAAAAGUGAAACACUCGCCACAAAUUCAAAAUCCAUAUUUGAUGAGCUUGACUUGAUCAAGGCAAAGAUCGAAAAGACCACAGAGGAAAAUGCGUCAACGAAAGAAGAUCUGCCCUCAUUGAAAGAAGAUUUGGUCUCAUUGAAAGGAGAUCUACUCUCAUUGAAAGGAGAUCUACUCGUAUUGAAAGAAGAGCGAGUUCAAGCUGACGAGAUUUUCAGCGACGGGUUGGACAAUAUUUUAAAUGCUGCCAUUGAGAAGACCAAGUCUGAGAUAAGUGAAGCUCGGGAAGGUUUACUCGAGUCCAUCACCAGCCUUGAGGCUAGAAUCAGAGAAGUUGAAUCUCGUCCCGUAUCUGUCGCAGAUGCGGCUCCAGCAAAGGAAUUAGGAGAGCCUACCUUGCCGUCUGCCGCUCUGGCGCUGGUCAAUGACCAGGGAGAUAUACGUAUCACUACAGAUAAUAUUAGAACCCUACAGGACAACGUUGAUGGAGCACGGGGACUUGUUCAGAACGUUCAAAGGGCUAUCUCCAUACUGGAAACGUCUGUCAAAGAUCUUGAUAGCAGACUCGCUCACGACAAGCUUGUCGACUGUGUGUUGAAUCUCAUAAACAGUAUGGUCCCUUUCGAGAAGAUCAAGGAAACCGAGGCUUCUACCAAGCAAAUAAAGGCAAUGAUGAAUCAGCUCGAGGAGAGUGUAACGUCUUUGACAAGUGGUCUGGGGGGCACCAGGAGUCAAAUGGAGGAAGAUCGAAAGACUGUGUCAACGCUUACAGACUCCGUUGGGGAGAUGAAUACUCGUCUCUCACAGGAAAAUCUUGUUGAUUUUGUACAAGAUCACAUUCUCGGCGUGGUGGCCAUGAACACGAUCAAGGAAACCGAGAAGGUGGUUAAACAAAUGAGGACGACGGUAAACAGACAGGAAGAUCAUAUUGUUUAUCUGCUGGCUGGUUUGAAAGGUGCCGAGGAAAAAGUUAUGCGCAAUCAACAGAGUUUGUCUUCACUUUCAAACUCUGUCAAGGAUGUGAACUUUCGAGCUUCCUCCGAAUAUAUUAUCGACUGUGUGCAAAGCCACAUUCUUGAUAUUCUCCCCCAAGACGCGGUCAGCAGGGCUGAUUUUGAGCAGUCCAAGGACGUUAUAAAGAGGGUUGAGACGAUGGUGAAGCAGCUCGAGGCUGGCCAACCAACCAUGGCUACCAGGCAAUUCGCUGCUUAUCUCGUCCGACAAGCUGCUCAAUGGCUCGUGUCCGCGAUUAAGCCAGAGAUGGAGAAAAUUCACGUCGAUAUCCGUCUCGCUCAACAAGGGCCACCUACCACGCCAGAUGGUUUAAAUGGACCGCAGGAUCCUGGGGUCAUGUCUGGACUAACGGUCGUCCUUAGUCCAGAGACCGUUCCCAAUCCUGGGUUUGCUGCCACCCGUUCCAACUCGCUGCCCACUCCUGGCCAACUUCUUCCAGGUAAUGUGAUUCCUGGGCAGCAAGCACCUCCACCUCAUUCGAUUCCUCCACGACCGGUUACUACUCUACCUUCUUCGGGAGCCGGCUCAAGGCCCCUAGUGCCAAUUGCCCCGCGAAUUCCCAGCACAGCUCCCGCAAACCAAAUGCAACCCCAACAACAGAUUCAGCAUCCUUCUCACACCCAUCCUCCGAUUCAAGUUGCUCCUGGGCCACAGUCAAUGCCAGUGGGUGUCUAUUCUCCUGCAGCUUUGAGCCGACAGGGCCCACAUGAGAACCAUGAAGAAGUCCUACGAUCCAUUGAAGCGCAUUAUGGAGAGCUUCAAUCGUGGAAAUCCAACAUGGUCAGUGGGAUUCAAGCCCGCGACAGGGAUUUGGCGCGGGCCACAGAAGCAGCUUUGGAGAAGCACGAGCUGUUCGUCAAGCAGGUUGAGGAACUACGCCAAGGCUUUGACAAUAAAAUUUCAUCCCUACCGCUGCUUCGAGCUACAAGUCAAAAGAAUUCAGAGGACAUUGGUUCUAUUUUAGAAGAUGUCAGAUCAAUACUUGUCUCGCUGAAGGAGCUGGAUUCGUUGAAAGCGACAGUGGACGAAAUGAAACCUGCACAAGAAAGCAAUACGGCCAAAGUAGAAGGCCUUUGGAAAGCACUCGUCGAAGAGGUCAGGAAGAUUGACGACCGGCUUUUGAAGCUGGAACAAACAAACCUCGAAGAGCCCACUGGUCGCAGACAAGGCUCUGCGCAGUCUGAGAACGGAGAAGCCGCAGGACAAGAGCAAUUAUUUGGGGAUUCCAGCUCAGGACCUAGCCGACCUCGAUCUGGAUUGUUUGUUUCUGAAACCUCCACUGCUCCCACUGCCCCCACUCCUGUCGAACAACCUUUUGCUCGACCGUCACCGAGAGCGGGCUCAGCAACGUCCAUGUCCACAACUACAAGCAGCUCAGCGCCUGGACAGCCCGGGCAAACCGGUCAAAUGCCUUCCCAGGCAAACGGAUCAUCUUCCUCUUCAGCUACCGCCGCAAAAGCAUCAUCUCCAGACUCUAUCCUCGGCCCUCGCACUCGCCGCGACUCAUCUUCGGGCAAGAGAAUCAAGCGAGAAACAUCAGAAACUACCCACGACCCCAGCCCAAGACUCGCAGACAUUCCUCCUACACCCACCGUCCCGGCGCACACCAGAGCAUCUCCCGCAACGACGUCCUCCUCUCGCGCGCAUACUCUCCGUAGAGCAUCGUCAAUUGCAAGAUCUGCAACGAGCAGCCCUGCAGGACUAGCAGCACUUCCGGCGGGUGGUCUCGCAGGCUGGCAAGUCCCUGCCCCUAGCCCUUCAGACAACCGUACGAUCAAGAAAUCUACCCCUGUCAGAGCGUCUAGACAGGGUCAAGACGAGUCAAGUACGCCAAAUGUGCCUUCCUCGACGCCAGCUCCCACAGAGAGGUCACGGAAGUCUGGGAACACUCCUCGGCCGCGUCUGGCAGAACUCAUAGCUGCCGGUAAUACUGCUGCUAAGAGUAGUAAUCUUAAUGCUAGUAGACGCGAUGGCGGCAACUCGAGCCACAAUGCCUCUUCUCCAGCAACUCAAGCGGGCCCAAGCCCGUCUCAGCCAAGCCUACCUACAUACGUGCGCAGUCGCCCUAAGAGGAAGCGUCCUCGGAUGGAUAGUGACUCAAAGUCUGAUUGA